AUGAAUACGUAUCAGCUAGCCCCCUGUUUUUCUAUAUAUUUCUGCUACCCUGCUGGCUGGGACCAUCCUGAAGUAAGAGGGAUUUGUGGAAACCAGGCUGCUGACUACAAUCUAGGCAACUGUAAAAUCAGAUGGGCUUAUAUACUUGCAGUAGUGGCAUUCUUUGAUUCUAUUAUACUAGGUUGUCUCGCCUUUACCCUGGCUGGUAAAAAAGUGAAAUUUAUUGAAGAACCAGCGUACAUGAACCCUUCUAUGUACAAAGGAGAGUUGAACGCGGGAUAUAUAGGAGAUAAUCAAUCUCUGGCUGGGUCAAGGAAAUCGGUCAAUCUACAACCUGUCAUGCUCAUGCCACACGGUCCUGAGAUGGAUAGGUAA